AUGUUCAGUCCGAGUGCUGAAUACCGUCAGACUGUAGAGCGGUGCUGGGACAAGAACUACUUCAAUGAGCAGAAGAAGCUGAUGAAGCAGUUUUUGGUGCUCCAGAGUCAAGGCCUCCAGAGUCAUGUCCCUCACCACACCACCGUGGAGGACAUGAGCAACUGGCUUGUUAAGAACAAGUCCCUGGAGCGGUUCAGAAAGGAAGCAGAGGAAGGGAAUGACAUAAGUCACCUGACCUGGGAGGUGAACACUCAACUCAGAAUGAGGGACGUUGAACAUGAGGCUUUUACUGAGUUGGCCACCGACCUUAGUCAGGCCAUUAACUCACUUGACUUUACUGCUGAUCUCUCCUACCUAAACCCUGAGGUCUGCGAUGAAGUUGUAAGAGCUCUAAAGAGCAUUUCCCAGAGCCUGGCCUUCCAGCCGUACUCCGAGCUGUGCUGUCCCUCUAAGGUGGUGGUGGACAUCGUGUCCAGGCUGCUCCAGGCCCUCUGGUCCUGCCAGAUGGAAAGCCCCUGUGACCGGUCCUCCAUGGCCCUGAGUGACAUGAGUGUCACCAUAGUGCUGGCAGUAGUGGAGAACCUCUCUAGAGUUCUGAAGGCUCCUCCUGUCGCUCAAGUCUACUACUCCCGUUCCACUGGUGUCAGGAUGGUCCACUCACUCAACCGUAAGAUCCAGUGCCUAAACAGCCCUGAGGACCUUAGGAGAGCUCUUUUCACCCAAAGUUCCACCUUGAUCAGCACCAUCAUUGAAGCUGUGAGCACCAAAGUCCAGAGGCUGUUUGAAGCUCCUGCUGACUACAUUCCAUUAAGCUCUAUCCGCAGCUGGCUAUCAGAGCCCAAGGCGAGCGAGGUUCGUCCAAAGUGCCCUGACCAGCUGGUAAUCUCCUCGGAGCUCCUGAGGAACAUCAUUGGUAUGAUAGUUUAUGUAGUCUUCGAAGGCCACCUAGAGGAAGACAUCAACCUUCAUUACUGGCCCCUCAUAAACGACAUAAUCCACCAGCUGUCACUGUGUGGGGUCAAAGUCACAAAGAAAGGGGGCAAGGCCAACUGGCACAUUGGCUGGUACCAGAUCCUUGAGAUGGUGACAAACAUCCAUACUCAUCUUCACCACUAUACUGGCACAGAGCUGGUACUAAAGUUUGCAACAUCUGCCAGGGCCACCAUGCUAACGAGGCACAUGGUUCAUCAUGUGGUCGAGGAGCUGGUAAAGCUGAAGGACGUGGAUGAAGGGACACCAGCUUCAGGGAGCAGUGAGUCUGUCACAGCACCCCUAAUCACUAAUCCCGUCAAAGUGGACAACAUCACAACAACCAUGACCACGACUCCAGUUGACCUCCAGUCAGGCUUUUCCACGGCAUCAUGUCCCCCAACACCAGGCCUUGCCCCUCUAUCAUGCCCCCCACCACCAGGGUUUGCCCAUCUAUCCUGCCCCCCACCACCAGGCUUUGCCCUUCAAUCCUGCCAGCCACCACCAGGCUUUGCCCUUGCAUCCUGCACCCUACCACCAGUCUUUGCCCCGGCAUCAUGCCCACUCCCAGCAGGCUUUUCCCCGGCAUCAUGUCCCCCACCACCAGGCUUUGCCCCUCUAUCAUGCCCCCCACCACUAGGCUUUGCCUCUCUAUCAUGCCCCCCACCACCAUUCUUUGCCCCUCUAUCAUGCCCCCCACCACCAGGCUUUGCCCUUCUAUCCUUCCCCCCACCACCAGGCUUUGCCCCUCUAUCCUGCCCCCCACCACCAGGAUUUUCCCAGGCAUCAUGCCCCCCAACACCAGGUCUUGCCCCUCUAUCAUGCCACCCACCACCAGGGUUUGCCCAUCUAUCCUGCCCCGCACCACCAGGCUUUGCCCAGGCAUCCUGCCAGCCACCACCCGGCGUUGCCCUUGCAUCCUGCCCCCCACCACCAGGCUUUGCCCCGGCAAAGUGCCCCCCACCACCAGGCUUUGCCCAGGCAUUGCUCCCCCCACCACCAGGCUUUGCCCAGGCAUCCUGCCCCCCACAAUCAGGCUUUAUCCCGGCGUCAUGCCCCCCACCACCAGGCUUUCCCCCGGCAUCUUGCCACCCACCACUCACUAUCGCAGAUCAUAUCUGCACUCUAAUUCAGAGCAUCACUGCCAGAUCCAACAACAUCGUCAACAAGGAGCUGGAGAAGUGUAUCAACUCUUAUAGUAAGAGCAUCUGGGCUGACACUUUCUACUGCGAGUACAUGAAGAUGUACCCAUCACCCCAGGGGAUUGAAGCCUUCUCAUUUGAUGAGGAGAGAUUUUUAGUGGUGGCCGACAUAAUCGGCAGAAUAUUGCUGAACAAUCUCCAGCUAGAGAUGCUCCUCUCAGUGGAAGACUUUAAUGUGGAUGAAGUAGGGAGCAGUGGGUCUGUGGACAUGAUCCGGGCAAUCCCAGAGCCCCCUAACCCUGAUAAAGUGGUAGACAUCACAACACCCCUGACCAACCUUGAGGUUUUGGAUGAAACACUUGUCCUUCAGUCAGGCUUUACCACGGCACACUGCACCCCACCACCAGGCUUUUCCUCAGCACCCUGCAUUCCACCCCCAGGCUUUGCCCUGGCAACCUGCACCUUGUCGCCAAGCUUUGCCGCUAAUGCCAUGCAGGGCUUUGGCACCAAAGUCAUCCUGAAACAAAUGGUCCUGCUAUUCUUGGAGAGGCUCCCUCCUGCGUCAGAGGACCUUGAGUCAGAGUUCCUGACUAUCACCGAUCGUAUCUGCACGCUGUUUCAAAGCAUCACUGCCAGAUUCCACAACAUCGUUAAUGAGGAGCUGGAGAAGUGUACCGACUCUGACAGUAAGCAGUACUGGGCUUACACCUUCUACUGGGAGUACAUGAAGAGGUACCCAUCAUCCCAGUGCCUGGGGAUUGAAGCCUUCACAUGUGAUGAGGAGAGAUGUUUAGUGGUGGCCAAAAUGUUUGCAAAGAAGAUGUGCCCCAAGAUGCUCCCCUCAGCAGCAGACUUCGACAAGGCUUUAGAUUCAGGCAGCAAUGGAUCUGUGGACUUGAACCUGGCAAUCCUAGAGACCCCUAACCCUGUCAAAGUGGUAGACAUCACAACACCCCUGACCACUAAUCCAGUCAACCUUGAGGUUUUGGAUGAAACACUUGUCCUUCAGUCAGGCGUUGCCACGGCACACUGCACCCCACCACCAGGCUUUACCCCGGCACACUGCACCCCACCACCAGGCUUUACCCCGGCACACUGCACCCCACCAACAGAAUUUUCCCUAGCACCCUGCAUUCCACCCCCAGGCUUUGCCCUGGCAACCUGCACCUCGUCGCCAAGCAUUGCCGCUAAUGCCAUGCAGGGUUUUGGCACGAUAGUCAUCCUGAAACAAAUGGUCCUGUUUUUCUUGGAGAGGCUCCCUCCUGCAUCAGAGGACCUUGAGUCAGAGUUCCUGACUAUCACUGAUCGUAUCUGCACGCUGUUUCAAAGCAUCACUGACAGAUUCCGCAACAUCGUUAAUGAGGAGCUGGAGAAGUGUACCGACUCUGACAGUAAGAAGUACUGGGCUUACACCUUCUACUGGGAGUACAUGAAGAGGUACCCAUCAUCCCAGUGCCUGGGGAUUGAAGCCUUCACAUGUGAUGAGGAGAGAUGUUUAGUGGUGGCCAAAAUGUUUGCAAAGAAGAUGUGCCCCAAGAUGCUCCCCUCAGCAGCAGACUUCGACAUGGCUUUAGAUUCAGGCAGCAAUGGAUCUGUGGACUUGAACCUGGCAAUCCUAGAGACCCCUAACCCUGUCAAAGUGGUAGACAUCACAACACCCCUGACCACUAAUCCAGUCAACCUUGAGGUUUUGGAUGAAACACUUGUCCUUCAGUCAGGCUUUGCCCUGACAUCCUGCACAGCAUUGCCAAGCUUCGCCACUAAUGCCAAGCCAGGCUUUGGCACGAAAAUCAUCCUGAAACCAAUGGUCCUGCUAUUCUUGGAGAAGCACCCUCCUGCAUCAGACGACCUUGAGUCAGAGUUCCUCACUAUCGACGAUCGUAUCUGCACGCUGUUUCAAAGCAUCACUGCCAGAUUCCGCAACAUCGUUAAUGAGGAGCUGGAGAAGUGUACCGACUCUGACAGUAAGAAGUACUGGGCUUACACCUUCUACUGGGAGUACAUGAAGAGCCUGUGGACCUGA